AUGUCUCGCUCACUAUCCGCAGUGUCGUCCCUCGAGGUCAGGAACCUCAACUAUGACCAAAUACGCUUCUAUCAUCCUGGCUAUCUGAAGCCCCUCAACUUGCUGUUCUGUUUGCCCCGCGUUGAUUAUAGUGCCGAGGAUAACGCCUACGGCGUUCAUUAUCGGACAGCUCUUACGGCUUGUCAGAUUGUUGCAAAUAAUGCUUUUGAGAAGGGGAGGCUUGCGAGGGAUGAUAAGGGCCAGGAUAUAGUGGCGGAUGAUGAAAAGGUGUUGCUUGAGAGGGACUAUUGGUUCUUUAUUGAGGAUGAUGAACGAUAUGCUGUUGUGCCCUGUUUCAAUGACUGGCAGUUCCCCCACGACAAACUCCCGGACUGGUGGAUCGCCCCAACUUCGUCACUUGGCCUCCACACCAAACGCUGUGCCGUGACCAACACCAGUUACGCAUUCACAUGGGCACAUUUAAUCCCCAGGGAGGAACAGCAAUGGUUUAACAAGAACGGUAUGGGACUUUAUGGUGGAGGGUCUCACAGUUUGGACGACCAACACAAUAUCCUCCCUCUCAAGGCGGAUCUUUACGUGUGCUUUGACCAGAGCGUCUUUGCCCUCGUUCCCAAGCAACACCGCGAACCAAAUGGAGAAUUACGUACGGAAUAUGUUCUCCACGUUCUCGAUGCCCGAGAAUCAGAAUUUGCAGCCCUCUACCACGACCGCCCCAUCAAAUGCCUCGUCUCUGGAAGUCGAGAAUACCUCUUUGCCCGCUUCGCCUGGACCGUAAUCUCACGCAUCAAACCGUUCCUAACAUCCGGCGUCGGCAGACGCGUAGUCCGAUUCAGGGUCAGAGCAUGCGACGGCGACACGGACGAGGAGAACCUACGCGCAGAGAUGCAGAAUGUCUUUAUGGAUGCCAAGAAGCUUGAGGCUCUGUAUGGGGGUGGGGGGAGGAAGAGGGCUGUUUCCCUGGAAGACAACGUGCAUCAUUUGUUCUCUUGGAUGCCCAGGGGUUUGCUGCAGCAUCGGUUACGUCCUGUUCAUGCUUCACUUGUUUAG